ACGGCCGGUGCCACCGCCCUUCGUACAUCGCGCCCUCGAUAGACGACGACAGACCGGCCCUACGUCGCGGCGCGGCUGGGCGCGAUCGGGACCGCACGCGGAAACGUAAAUUACAAACUUGAGAAAAAAAAACGCACUCUCCCGCGCGUAAAACAUCAAUAAUCAAUUCUCGCGCUUCGGACUCCGGAGAGAGAGAGACACGUCGGUCGGCUGUCAUUAUCAAGCGUGUGUAUACGUACAUAUAUAUAUAUAUAUAUAUUUAUAUAUAUAUUACAUAUACACAUAUGUAUACGUGUGUGCGCGCGUGAUGGCUCCUCCGAUUCGGGGCUCCUGUACGCGCUCGAUGGUCGAGCAUCGUCGCGCACACGUCGCCGCACCUAUCACCGGAGUGUCCUCGGGCGGCGCCGCGGAAGAGAGAGCGGCCGUCCAUUGUUGAACGGCGGACGUUCCCGGUCGUUUCUUCGCCCGAAGGCGGAAGAGGAAUUAUCACCGCGGAAGAAAAACAGGGGACUCCGGCCGGCGCGCCUUGGAGAGAGGAAGCGUGGCGCGGUGUUCCUCUCAUUGUCAGUGCGAUGAUGUCAUAAUACAGAUUUAUUGAUUGUACCCUUUGAGAAAGCACCCAUUAAACAAUUGCUUUGUGAAACAAAGUAAAUGAUUCAAGAUGAAUGAUAUAGACACUUUUGGCAUGAAGGGAGGCUCAAAGAUGCCUCACAGUCAUUCGACACCAGCUGGUGUGGACGGAGGUAGUAGAACACCUCCUGCAACACCAAGGAAGGCUGGAAAAAUGCUUGCGGUUCGUGUACAGAUGUUGGAUGACUCUAUUACAAUGUUUCAAGUGCAGGCCAAAGCACUAGGUAGAGUGUUGUUUGAUCAAGUUUGUAAGCAAUUGCACCUUUUAGAAGCAGAUUAUUUUGGUCUCGAGUAUCAAGAACCAAAUUUAACAAGAUAUUGGUUAGAUUUGGAGAAACCAGUAUGCAGACAAGUUGGCUUAUCUCUAAUCGAUCCUCUAUUGAGGUUCUGUGUUAAAUUUUAUACGCCGGAUCCUGCACAACUCGAGGAAGAGUUUACAAGAUAUUUAUUCUGUCUACAAAUCAAACGGGAUUUAUCUCUAGGUUUACUGCAAUGCAAUGAUAACACAGCAGCAUUAAUGGCCAGUUAUAUAGUUCAGGCUGAAUGCGGAGACUAUGUGAUAGAAGAUUACCCGGAUCAUACAUAUUUAUCAACAUAUAAAUUUGUGCCUCAUCAGGAUCACGAGUUGGAACGACGUAUCAUGGAGAAUCACAAGAAACAUGCAGGCCAAUCUCCUGCAGAGGCAGAUCUCAAUCUUUUAGAGACAGCUCGACGUUGCGAACUGUAUGGAAUGAAAAUGCAUCCAGCUAAGGAUCAUGAGAACGUUCCACUAAAUCUUGCAGUGGCACAUAUGGGCAUUGUAGUUUUUCAAAAUUAUACUAAGAUAAAUACAUUUAGCUGGGCCAAAAUCAGAAAAAUCAGUUUCAAACGAAAACGCUUUCUAAUCAAAUUACAUCCUGAGGGUUAUGGUUAUUAUAAGGAUACAGUCGAAUUUUUUUUCGAAGGACGUAAUGAGUGUAAAAACUUUUGGAAAAAGUGUGUAGAAAACCAUGGUUUUUUCCGUUGCUCUGUAGUUAAGAGAGUCGUGAGGCAAAAGACUAGAGUGCUUAGCCGUGGAUCGUCAUUCAGGUAUAGCGGCAAAACUCAGAAACAGAUUGUCGAAUUUGUUCGGGACAAUUAUGUGAAGAGGCAGACGUUUCAAAGGUCCAAUUCGUUCCGGCAGACUAGCGGUGGUAGGGCAUUGCAGGGCUCGGAGGGGGGAGGCUAUCGUGGGGCCACUCCAAGCAGCUCCCUUAUGGGCAGCUCCAGCAUCUCUGCCCACCCCCUCCUGCCCCUCGGCGAUCCUGCCCUGGCAACCCCAGCUCUGUCUCUGUCAUGCGGUUCGAUGACACUGGAUUCUCCGACGACUGUGACGAGUGUCUCGAUGGGCGGGAUGAUUCACCGUCGAGAAGACACAGCUACAUCGUAUCGGACGCUCACCUCUAUCGACGUCCAUUCGCCAGCUACCCCCAGCCUGGUCCCAGCACCGCGGCAGAUGCAUGCUACCAGUCAACAGCGGAUUUCAUCAACAGGUCGUAUCAGCCCCUCUAACAGCAGUCCCCCUGAAUUCCCACCACCACGACCUCUGCCCAGACACCCCUGGCAACGGUCGGCUAGUUGUCGCGAUCUGUACGCAUCUAGUUUCGAGGACUCCGGUAAGGCGCGACCGCGGGACGACAAGGUCGCCGCGGAGCCGCCGUUAGAUCCAUUUGUGUUAGCCUCCCAAGGUGAACUAGACAACCCCAUAACGCGUUACGACGAGAGUAAUCGUUCGUAUAGCGCGGCCAGUUCGAAAUUACCCUCUCUAGAUCACGACUCUGUCCCGGAGCGUGUUUACAGCAGUUCCUACCCGGGAACGUCGUCGUUGUCUACCGAAUCGGGUCAUGAGGAAUCGGGUCCCGCCGGAGAUCUGUCCCACGACGAUCUCUCGCACGAUUCUUACGAGCUUUUGGAACGCGAGCACGAAUUCGAGUAUCCGGAAUCGUAUUCGAGUCCGCACGACGAACCUAUAUCCGAUCAGAGCGACGAAGGGAUCGAGCACGAGAUGUUCCAAAUGGACUCCGAGACCGAUUCCUUCGUCAAGCAUAGAUCGUUGAAGCCUUCCGAGAGGCAACAAUACAAAUCCGCGCUAAUUGAUCUUAAGAACACACAGAGAGCGAAGUCUAUCGAUCGGUACUCAGCUGUAUCCAAGGACGGUGAUUACGUAGUCACCGAAUCCAGGAUACAACGGUCGUGCACUCAGAUAGAGCGCAAAUUCGAGAUGAGACACGCCAAUUCCGUGGAACAGUCGUCCAAGAUGACCGUUCCGCAUCAGGAUUCGGUUAGAAAGGAUCCCGUGGUCAUGCAGGUGCAAAAGCAAAAGGUUUCCGUUCUCAAUGAGUUGAAAAACUUGAAGCCAAAGUAUAAGAUCACUCACGUAGACUCGGAGGUCUUGCGUGACGAGGGUAUUAUGCGUCCGAAAUCGCGAAUAGACGACGAUCUGAGUCCGGUAGACGGGAAUGAUAGGACCGUGUCGGAUCACGCGAGAGGUAGGACUACUAGGGCUCGUAGUAUCGCCAGCUUGGAGGAUCACCCGCCGCGGUUGUACGUCGAGACGGGUAGCUUAGGUCGCGGACACAAAUCCAGGGAUAGGAAGUCGCGAGAUUCCGAGUUAGUUAAGAUCGAGAAGGUGUUGUCGAAGGAGCGAAAGCGAAUCGAGAGGGAUUAUUCCAGGGAUUCUAGGAGAAUCGACAAGGCCGAUUCUCGAGAACGACGGUCUGUCGACCGGCUCGAUUCGCGAAAAUCGGACGGUCACGCUCGUCGCAGCGUAGAUCGGAUCGAUUUGCGCGAGUUACGUCGUAGCAUCGAGCGGCUCGACGUGCGCGAGAAGAGUUACGAGCACUUGGACUCGUAUUCGAGGGAAAAGAGUGCCUUUUAUUAUGAUUUCUAUGAAUCGCGCGGUAAGAGCGUCGAUCGUUUAGACUUUCAAGGGCUGCGCGGCAGCAUGGAAUAUCUGAGGAGUCCUAAAGACAGGAGUCCUAAGAGUCCUAGGAGUCCUAAGAGUCCUAAAGAGAAGAGUAGCACUCAUCGGCACGCGAAUACGCGGGAGCGCAGGGAGAAAAGCAUCGAGCGGAUCGAUUCUCGAGAAUCGAGGAAGAACAGAGCGGCCUCCAUCGAUUACGAGAGGCAUACUUUGGAGCGUUUCGAUUCCGGGAAUAAGAGCCCGUUCGAACGAUUAACUCCGAAGGAGCAACGAAGAAUGAGCAUCGAGAGACUGGACUCUCAGAAGUUCGACUUUGAUCCGCGAGCGAUCGAGCGUUUCAAGCUGGAGAGUCGUUACGAACAGAGAGAUCGAAUUCACGAGAGGAAGAGUCUGGAGAAGCUGGAUUCGCGGGAGCGAAAGCAUCUAGGUCGCUUGGAGUCGCGGGAGGGAAGGAGUCUCGAGUGCCUGGACUUUGAUAGCAAACGGAACGUCGAGAAGAUAGAAUACAAGGAUCAGAAGAGAAGCAAGAGCAAACCCGAGAAGGUUAAAGCGCUGCCGCCGGAGGAGAAACCGCGGGAGCGCGACGACUGGAGGAGCCUGGAGAAGGCGCGGAAGGACAACGAGAGGCGGGAACGCGAACGGCAAGCGAAACUGUCCCUCGAAUCGCGGACGGAGACUGUCAUCGGCGUGCCGCACGAGAUGGAGAAUUUGAAGCCGAAGGCCGUGUUCGCCGAGUACGAGCCGAAGGUCGUCGGCGGCGUCGUCCUCGGUUUCGAGGAGACCGCCCUGCCCGGUCACAUACCCGUGGAACGUACAAAGAGCGACCCGAAUCCGGCGCGACAGAGACUGGGAUCCAACAGCAAACGGCACAUGCUGAUGCAUCAGAAGUCUAUAGAUCUGACUCCCGCGGAUUCCGGGGACGAGGAACCGUUCUCGGACAGCGCGGCGACGGUGCAGAAGACCAACGUCGAUAUCCCGUACACGUUGCACAAGAGGCACGUGAUGAACGGCACGGCGUCCGACGAGAAGUCCGAGUCGGACAGCAGCAAGACCUCGAAGAACGUCAAGAGCGCCGCCAAGGACCUGCCGAAGCUGCCGUUGAAGAUAACGGACAUCUCGUACUUUGAUCUAACCAAGUUAUCCUCGAUGGAGAAGACCGGGAGCAAACUAUCCCCGGAUAAGCCGAAGAGCGGCGCGAUCACUGCCGCGAGACCAAAGUCCAUCUUGAGUCCGUCGGAUAAGCCGAAGAGUAUCUUGAGCCCGACGUCGAAGCUCUCGCCCACGUCGGAUCUGAAGAGUUUCGUUUGCAGUUUGUCGCCUACGAACAGAAGUCCGUCGAAGGUGAACGCGAAGACUCAAUCUCCCGAUAAGCUUUCGCCGAAGGGCGGCUCGUUGGACAGAAACAGGGCCGAGGUCAUCAUCAACGAGGAUUACGCGUGCAAAAAAGCUUCCAGUUUGGAUAAAUCGAAAUUAUCUCCUUCGAAGUUAUCUCCGGUCGAGCCUAACGUCACCAUUAUAGCGGCACUCGAGAAACGCUCGCCCAAGAAGUCACCGACCGAUCCUAACGUAACUAUCGUAUCUGUGAUACAGAAGAAGAAAUCCACGGAUGGGGCACCUAAAAGUCCUACUAACGUGGUCAAAGCAGCGGACGCUAAAUCAAAAGUCGCUUUGAAUUUUGCUGACGUUGUCAGCAUGGAAAUGAAGCAGAACUUGGAACGCAAAACAAAACUCGAGAAGGAUAGUCUAAAGGCGCCGGACGAUAGUUUAGAGAAGCAGGAUAGCAUCGAGAAGAUACCGUUACCGGAAAUUCCCGACGACUUGGAGAAAAUUAUGCCGGACGACCAAGCAGCCAUCGGAAAAAUUCAGCAGGCAAUGAUGAAGGAAUUGGUCCAUUCGUUCAGACGAAACGCCGACGAGUUGUCCGACGACGAUCAGAGAAAAGAGAACGUGCAGUCCGUCGUGGCUGAGGUUCACAUAUCGGCGGCGGAAUUUAAGACGGAGAAACCACCGAUUCCGGUGAAACCGAAGACCCUGGAGAAACCGAGUAUCCCCGAGAAGACGAAACGUAUUUUGGAGAGAAUAGAAUCCAAGUUCUCGGAGGUUAGCAAAAAUUCCGCCACGAAGAUCUCGAGGCCCAAGAUCAUCGAUACAGGAUUUGACGAUUUUGUAGAUCCAGUCGCCGAUUUGCCUUUGGACGAAGUGCCUGUGAAACCUGCCCUAGAGUUGGAUAGUCUUAAAGUUCCUGAAUUCGUUCCUUUCAUGCUGAGACCCCACGAACCGCUGAGAUCCAAAUCGCUGUCCCUGGCGGAGGAGAAAGCGCCAAUCGACACAUUGCUUUCCCCGGAAGUCGAGAACAAGCACUUCGUGCAGGACGUCUCGCCGAAGAGGUUGAAGAAGGUGAAAUCGGAGCCGAAGAAGGACUUCAAGAAGCAAUCGAAAUCGCUGGAGGGUGACAAGCCGCCGUUGAAGAAGAGCGCGUCGAAGGAGUCGCGUGCCCCGGUUGUGAGUACAAAAAUUGACAAGUCCAAGUUGAAACUCGGCGAGAUGCCGCAGGAGAUUAUAAUCAUCGAUUCGACCGACGUCGCGCCGGAGAUCAGCAUCGUUCAAAAGGGCAGAUCGAAAUCCGUAACCAGGUUGUCCGACAAGCCGUUCUCGACGUCGAAGGACGACAAGGAGGAGACGAAGAGCACUCGCGCGAAAUCCGCGUCGGUCGACGACGAGUUAAUCAAGGGUACAAUAAAGUCCGAGAAAUCCAGACCGAAAUCGCUGGGAAUAUCUAAGAGCUUGGGAAGUACGGAGAAAAAGGAUUCGGUAGAGAAAAUAUCCCCGAAGAGGAUCAAGGCUGCUGCCAAGGCGGCUGACUCGAAGGCCGAGAGUAAAUCCGCCAGGGAUGCAGGAUUGAAACAGGACGCGAAAUCGACGCGCAAAGUAACAUCGAAGGUAGAAGCGGCUGCUAGCGAAGAGACCAAUGAAUCCAAACAAUCUAAACCGGAGAAAGAACCUUCUAAACUACCUGUCAAACCCGACGUCGUGAUCGAUCAGCCGGUGGAGACUAAACGGACCGCAGCAGCGGACGAGUCCAAGGAGUCAAUCAAGGAACCUUCGAAGAAGGCCGCGCUCGCUCAAGACUUGACUCAGUCUCCCCUGGUGUUGCGGAAACCGGGCCAAACGCCGAUAUUGUUCGCUCGCGCUCGCCUCGGCCUCUCCGAAGGUAGCGGAAUCGGCGCUCUUCAACGUCAGGGCGCGACGCAGUCGCCUACGGCUCAGCGACGCGCCAAGUCCUUGGACGCAGCCGUCAUCUCCGUGCACAGACUCCCGCCGGCAAACGCGUUCUCCAGCAAGGAUGACACGGUGGACGUGUCGGAGAACCUGGAGGAUCGAGAGAACGUCGCAGCUGCCGCAGCCGAGAGUGCGAAUGCGAUGUCGAAGGCGCAGUCGGCGCAGAUGGAGGCCUCCCCAAAUCACAGAUCCGACAGCACCGAUCACACGACCAUUCCGGAGAUUUGCACCGACUCUCUGUCCGUCACCGAGACCUCGGCGCAGUACUUGGAGUCGCCGUUGACGGAGUGCAACGAGAUUGUGGCCAGCAUCGACUUGAUCCCUUACGAGGGACAAGAGAGGCAGAUUCCGUUUAUCAGUUACAUCAACGGAAACGAGAACGUGACGGAAAACAUGAAGGUAGAGGAAGCUACGAAAUUCAUCGAUCAGAGCUCCGCGGAGUCCGGCGGGGAACAGGAAGCCUCUGGGAAGAGUCCCGAGGUGUCGAGGGAAGCUGCUGAUCAGUCGUCGACGAUCUUUGUGAAGAGCGCUAGUAUGGAAGGUGUCGUUUGCAGGCAAACCGAGGAGCAGGAUGGGGAAGGAAGCGCGAAAAUGAGCGAAACGAUUAAAUCUCCGAGUCGUUCGGAGGAUCUUCGUACCAGGAGCGAGGACUCCGACCGGAAGAGCCCGUCCGAGAGAGACGACGUUCCUAACGUCACCAUAAGCGUGGUUCGAGAGGAUGAAAAAUACUACCUUAGCUAUUACGAUCAGGACGAGCCUCCGGAUAUGGUCAAGUCGCCGAUACAGAUAUCCAUCGAGGAGUGCUCGGACGACGAGGGAAAUCCUGAAGAGGAGGAGGAAUUAAUCGACGAGCGAGAAGAAGAGGAACACAAACGACACGACUCCCUGGAUACGAGCGAGGACACGCUUGACGCGCUCGACACCCAAGUGCAAACGCGAGGAGUGGACAGCGAGAUGAGCUCGCCGGAUUACGGCGUCGACAAGAUGGACGAGAAGACGUUGGUUGAGGUCGAGCUGACGCCGGAGUACCUGGAGAUGAAGAGAGAGGACGAGGAGACCGCGGAAGAUUUGCCGGAGGACGAGCCGGCGAAGGAAGCCGUGGAGAUUGCGGACUCCAAUCGUUUGUCCAUCGACAAGAAGCUCAGAUUGAGCACCGAACGCUCGAGGAGCGAGGAAACCAGCACUUACACCCCGGACAGAGAGGACCCGGACUCCAGCUCGUGCUCCAUCGCCCGGCCGUUGGGGAUCGGUCAGAUACAGCCUAUAGUGGAUCGUCGGGAGAUCAUGAUGAUCGAAGGCGCUCGCAGUGGUUCUAUAGACGAUGACAAUAGCAACGGCUCGCAACCACCUCCGAAGCACGAGAUGAGCGCCACGUGGAAGUCGUUCCCGCAGGAGAGCUCCGGUAGUUCUAGUUUGGAGGAGGGCUGGGCGCCCCAGGACGAGAACAACGCGCAACAGUCGCACUCCGAGGACAGCAACGGCCAGAACGAGGACAGUUUUCAAGAAGAUCUAGCGGAUUUCCCCGGCACCUUCAUCUACCCCAUCGGACCCGAGAUCCUGGCCAACUACGGCGCGUUCUCGCUCUCCCGUACCUUGUCCAGGAUAUCCGAGCGAUCGACCACGUCGGAGCAGGACAAGAGCGACUUGGAGGACUCCUUCAAGCCCAGCUCGAGGUCGCCGAGUCUCGACGACGAGUCUUUAAUGUCCAGCGACCAUCAGCCCUCCCUAUCGUCGGAUCCACCGUCCGGCACGGCGUUACCAUCCGUCUCGGACGAUCGUAGAACGUCCUCCGAACUUCCGGAUAUCCCCAUCGACGUGAUCGGCGGCCAGGAGGACGAUUCAAAGUCACCGCGAACCACCAGACGGUCGAGGUUGCAGUUGCAAAGCUCCGAGGACUGGCCGUCUCCGCCGAGCUCGCCCGUUUUCGACACACCGGUGGUGAGCCACGUGGAGACCUUCUACAUGGAGAUCAAACCGGAGGAGGCCGUCAAGGUCACCGUCACCGACAGCACCGAGACGCCGCCGGUUCACGGGGCGGACCGGGACAGCGAUUCCAGCGACGAGAACCGGACUCUGCACGACGAUCUGCACUCGACGUUCCUAGAGGACGGGCAGAGCUCGACGUCCGCGACGACGGUCGACGGUACGGUGAAGAUCGCGGUGAAACCAAAAUCCAACUCGUACAUCACCGGCUCGUCGCACAGCGAGGACACGUCCAUGGGUCUGUCCAUGUCCGAGUGGUCCAGCUCGAACAACACCGUGCGCCAAUUUUGCCAGUACUCGGGAACCAAGUCCGACGACAAUUCCCUGGCGGAGCUCGGCGCCUCGAUCUCCGAUUGGUCGGGCAGCACGACGGUGAUACCCCAGCAAUAUUACUCGACGGCCGGAGACAAAAGCCAGAGCGACACCACGACGUCCGAGAGAAGUGCGACCAGCAUGAGACCAAACUCCAAGUGUCAGACCGCCGAUACCUCCUCCCUGCCAUCGCCACCGUCUCCGUCUUCGUUGCCGCUACCCGUGUCGCCACCACUGCCCUCUCCGCCCGCGACGGCCGGCUCUCCGUUCCGAUACGAGGACGAGGGAGCCGCCGAUUCCGAGCACCGCGAAGCUUACGAGGUGGUUCCCGAGACGUACGAGGACAACGAUCUCCGUCAAGCAGCUCGAACCGGCGACGAGUUCGACGAGGCGCGACGAUUCAUCGAGAGCCAGUUCGACGAGCAUCGUCGAUCGCGUCGUUAUAACACGACGACGACGACGUACGACGAGGAGGAGGAAGAGCGACGUCACCAGGCCGUCUAUCCGGAAUUCGCCGGCAUCUCGCCGCCUCGCAUCACUCUUCGAAACGAGUACGACGAGGCCAUCGAGGACGACCAGGACUUCCAGACGUUUCCAGAGGACGAGACGACCCUCUGCGCGGACGACACGCCGCUGCCAAUUCCCGAGGAGGACGAGGAGGACCAGCUGUACGACAACGUCCCCGCCAUGAAGUAUUCCAGCAGCGACCAGGUGCGGAUGGAGGUCGGUCGCGGUGACAGCUCGGAGGACAUGCACGAGAAGUACGCCGAUCUCACCCUGCAGUCGAGGCUGGCGGACGACGAGUGGUCGUCCUUGGAGGAGCGAAGGGACCUUCCUCAGGAACGCGAGAAACCGGUCAGAACGAUGGGGGGUAAGUUUGAUCGCGGUUUCUCGGAGCCGAGUCCGCACGACGUCAGCAGGUACCACGGCACCAGAUCCACCGAGCGACCGGUCAUGGUACCGAUUCGCGCCAAGUCGACCCCGUAUUACUCCACGACGAGUCAGAGCGGCGAGUCGACGACGUCGAGCCCGCCGAUGCCGAUCAGAACGCAGAUCAGGACGAAAACGAUGCCUUACUCGUCGAAUCGCAGCCCGCAGAGCGAGGGCGACACCUCCUCGAGCAUGGACAGUCCGGCGCACACUCCCGAUCGGGGUCAGCGGGCCUUCCGCCGGAAGCGCCAGCAGAAUACCAAGAGACGUCAUCGCGUGGUCGUUGACCUCGAGGUCAAGGACGGCCACAUAGUCUCCAGCACCGAUUCCAGCUUCGACGUGGCGACGAUACCGCCGCCUCUGCUGCCGGAAGGCCAGGACGACGACGAGGACGACGAGUUGUCCGAGACGAAAGACGGGCGACGUCGUCAGCAGCAGCGUUGACGCGACGACGAUCCUCGUUAAACGGAUAAGUGACAGAACGACGGUGAAGGAGAGGGAAUUAGCUGAUCGAUGGAAAGUCUGUGAGGAAAUAUUUCCAAUCGUGGAAUUGAGCGCACACUUAGAAUUGAUACGAAAUGUCAAACGGCUACGUGAAAAAAAAUGGAAAUCGAUCGCGAACCGACACAAACUGGCCUUUAUUAUUUUUGCUUUCUUUUUUCGCGAACGAUCCCGAUUCUCAACACGAUGGCGAUAUCGGGAUCCGAGAGAUUAUAUAAAUAUAUAUUAUAUAUACGGGUAUGUAUUCGAGACGAAAGUUAUACAUCAACGACGGCGUAAAAGAAGACAAGAACGACGGGCGUUAAUUAAGUCGUUUCCUGGGGUAUUUAGGAGGCCCGAGGCGAAUGAUCAAAAUCCGCGCGAUGGAUCUAGGAUAAUUAUCCUUAGGGAUAAAUACACAACGUUUGUUACACGUUUUAGAGAGACCCGAGUUUACUUUGAUAUUAUACCAUCUCGUGAUAGAAUCCCUCUUUUAUCCCCGAGUAGCUCGAGUUGUUAGUGAUGUAACUCAUGCAUAAACACGGAAAGCGAAUAUCUUAAUUAUUAAGAUCGACGCGCACAAUCGACGCGUUAUAUCCUAGUAAUAAUUAUAAUAAUAAUUAUUAUAAUAAUAACGUACGACAUUAUAAGAUAGAGAUCGAAGGAACGAGCGACGCGUAGAACUUUCGAGGGUAAAAAUCGUAAGUUUAAGUCGUAUAUAAAGGAGAAAAAUACCGCGUAAUCAUUUUUAACCCUUUAAUCGGUCCACCAAUCUUCAUUUCAUUUCUCGCACGAGAUACCAACCCUCUCACGCCCUUCUCUUUCUCUCUCUCUUUCUUCCGACAUUAUUAGGGAGAAAAAGUCUUGUGCUAGGAUACUUAAAUAAGUAAUGUGUUUCCUUUUUUCUGCAUAGCUUUGUUUUAUGAUCGCACUCCUCCAAGUGUUAAAGGGUUAAAUAGAAAUCACGGCGUUUGCAAAAGUGACACUAUACUUUAUCGAGGACAAUCAAUUUGCAAAGAGGAUAAAAGGACCUCUCUCUCUCUCUCCCUCUCUCUUUUGAGGGAGGCGGAAUUAACCGGUUGUUCGUCGGCGAUAUGUUGUUUCCAAUUCAGAAUUGAAUUCCGAAUUUCGAUACAGCAUUCCGAACAGUAUUUAUAGAUACGAUCUAUGAUUUCUCGCCGCGAUUUGGUUCAGAAAGGAGGAGUUCAAAGUUGCUCAACAUAGGUACAUAUAUAAAAUCGCGCGCGUGUGGUGUAUUUUGUUCCCUCUUCUUCGUUGAGAAUUUUUUUUAUAGAAGUGUAGAAACGAGAAAAAAUCCUCCGAGAGAAGAAGAAUUUUCCUCCGCUACGUAAAGCCUUAAAUAGGCGGAUCCGCGAAUCGGGAAGGAGAUCUCUCCCGGAACGCUCUCUACAUUAGGAUCUCGUAAGAUUAUUAUUAGGGGAUUUAUUUAUUUUCUUAUUUAUUAUAUAUACAAACAGAGAUAGAACGGCUGUUUUUUUCUUCCGCUCGUUCUCGACGAAUUUGCUACUCGAGGCUAAUACGACGUACAUGCAUACCGUUUACCGAUUCGUUUCCUUAGGCCGGAGAUUUUUGCGUGGCGGGUGAUUUGUUACACGAUUUACAUAGAAUGGAAACGCCCAGCGUGAAGGAGAGAAAAUUCCGCGAAAGAGUCCGCGAUAGAGAGUCCCAUUGGUUUCAGCUUGUAUUGUGCCUAGUUUUUUACAUACCACGUUCGUCGCAUAUAUGCACAAUUUAACGAUUGGCGAGGCGUGAAUGAGUCGUACACGUUGCGUGUGCGUCGUGUGUGCCUGUCGACGUCUUUAGAUAGGUAAAAUAUACGUAAGCGUAGGUAUUGAUUACACAAGAGAGAGAAAAUGAGUGCACUGUGUUGUGCAUUGUGUGCUGCCUGUAACGAGCGCAUGCUGGAUGUGUGUGUGUGUGUGUGUGUGUGUGCGUGUGUGUGUGUGUAUGCGUGUAUUCCAGGGAUAACAAUUAUGAACUGUACGAUUUACAAUUGAAUGCAUAUUCUCGGAGAAAAGCGACUCGGUUUCAUUCUUCUCGCGUCAGGGAUAAGGAAAUCCCGAACCGUCGCAAUUACUUCAAGUUUUUAUUCUCUUUUAGGCCUGUUUGACAGGAAUUGUUUUGUUUGUAGGAUUAUCUGUUAUAGAUAUUUUUAUAGUU